AGGCCAAACAGGGACGUACCAGAGUACAGGUGUGUCGCAGUCAGACCGGUCCGGGUGGGUAAGUGGGUGAAAGGUCCAACAGUCAGGGGUGACAGCAGCUGACAAACACACACCUCAGUCACUGAGACGCAGUCCAACAGAGCGGAAAGUAAAAAUGUCCAAACAACAGUCGAUCAGUCCGAUGAAGAACUUCUUCGCCGGAGGAUUUGGAGGCAUUUGCCUCGUCUUCGCCGGACAUCCUCUCGACACCAUUAAGGUGCGUUUACAAACUCAGCCCGUGCCCAAACCUGGAGAGAGCCCGCUGUAUGCUGGAACCAUUGAUUGUUGUAAAAAGACUUUAGCCAAAGAGGGUCUGAGAGGGCUCUAUAAAGGCAUGGCGGCCCCGAUCAUCGGAGUCACGCCCAUGUUUGCUGUCUGUUUCUUUGGAUUUGGACUGGGAAAGAAACUACAACAGAAGCACCCUGAAGAUGUCCUUACGUAUCCACAGCUGUUUGCUGCGGGCAUGUUGUCUGGUGUGUUCACCACGGUCAUCAUGACUCCUGGAGAGCGCAUCAAAUGCCUCCUACAGAUUCAGGCAUCUUCAGGAACAGUGAAGUACGCCGGACCCAUGGACUGUGUCAAACAGCUGUACAAAGAGACUGGGAUCAGAGGAAUCUACAAAGGCACCGUUCUGACUCUCAUGAGAGAUGUCCCAGCCAGUGGAAUGUACUUCACGUCCUACGAGUGGUUGAAGAACCUCCUCACACCUGCAGGAAAAAGCCACAAUGAGCUCAGCGUCCCCAGUGUGCUGUUUGCCGGGGGGAUGGCUGGCAUCUUUAACUGGGCCGUCGCAAUUCCAGCUGACGUACUCAAGUCUCGUUUCCAAACAGCUCCUGAAGGAAAAUAUCCCAACGGUUUCCGGGACGUUCUGCGGGAGCUGAUCAGACAGGAAGGCGUGGGCUCUCUGUACAAAGGCUUCAAUGCUGUCAUGCUUAGAGCUUUCCCUGCAAACGCAGCUUGUUUCUUAGGAUUUGAGCUCGCAAUGAAGUUCCUAAACUGGGCAGCACCAAACCUGUGAUGAAGACUCAGCGUCGCCUUGUAUGUGAAUCCCAGGAACAGAGCUGCUUAAAACAACACCGUUAUAAGCAGCACACACACACAAACACACACACACACACUGAAUCACAAAGAGAUUUUAUCAGUUUUCCAGUAAUGUGCUUGAUUAUCUUUGAAAUCUUAUGGUACUGUAGAGCACGCGAAUCAUUCAGAUCUGCGGAGGGUUCAGAGCAGACCAGUAAACACACACACACACACACACACACACACACACACGCAGUCGAAUGUUCUCACUCCUUUUUGUUUGACUUUUUUUUUUUUAAAUUGUGUUAUUUUUUUAUAUUAGAAAAGGAGUGAAGAGAACAUGCCGUGCCUUACCUUCUGUUAUUAUCUGCGAGCAGGUGUACAUAUCAGGGACAAGGUGCAUUAUGUUGUACUGUGUGUGUGUUCAGUCUCUCUCAGCAAUACACGCCUUUCAGACUGUCUGCUUCCUGUACGGUCACCCUCCACUCAGUGACCACCAAUGCUCACUACACUUUCUGUUCAUGUGAAAUUAUGAGCGUAGUUAUAAUGAGAUUGAUCAAACAGUAUAUGAAUGUCAUCAUGUAAAGAAAUAAAAAACAGAAUUCAUCUUUAGAAA